AUGGCAGCUAAUCCGUUUAUGAUGGAUGACAUCAAUCCAGUUCUGGGAUCUGGGACCAUAAAUCCUUUCGCUAUAUCAACGACAACACCAGCACCUUCUGCAGUGUCGAAUCCAUUUUUUGACAUUGCUCCGGCGAGUGUGAGCGCCGUCAGCAAUCCAUUCUUGAUGGAUGAUGUUCCACAACAGUCGAGCGCCAAUGCAGUCUACAAUCCUUUUGCAUCAUCCACCAUGGAGUCGGAUCCAGUAUCGGUCAACGAACAUGUCGACAGUCUUGCUUGGCUGAGCUCCGGCGGGGCCAUGCAAAUGCAAGAUAACAUGGCCAGCCCAUACGAUCUUCCCGACGCUUCGUCUGUGCCACAACAUCAUCAGCUAAUGGACGAUCUGUUGGAGGUUGACGUUCCGCUACCAGAAGAAUUGGCCGCUGACAUAUUGGAAGUCGCCACUCCGUCGCCAAUGGCCUCUCCAAUACCGGAAAGCCUCAGCAAUGCCAAACCUGGCAGGCCGGCUCCACCACCUAGACCCCCGUCAAGACCGUCGCCCCCGCACGAAACUCAACAGCUGAUUCUAUCCGUUACGGGAGCCAUGCAGGCCACUUCCGAACACUUGCUGGACCGUUUGAGAGCUACAGCUCCCAGUCCAGUUCCAGGAUACCACCCACACAUGCAUUCACACUCGCCGUCUCCUUCACCAUCGCCGUGUCCGAGUCCUACUCAACAUGCCGAAGUAGACCUGCUCCACGAUGAUCAUUUAGGUGAUCACUUAGGGGAUCAUUUAGGGGAUCAUUUAGGGGAACAUCCAACUGGUCCUCCGCCACGCCCCACAUCGAGACCCUCUUCUCCAGCUGUCCCUCAAAGACCUCAACAACUUCCAGCUAGGCCAACACCACCCGGGCCACCUCCAAGACCGGUAGCUCCAACGACGGCCUCGUCGGUACAACCACAACCUCCACCAGCCGAUAAAGGUUUUGCCAGCAUUUUUGGUGAGCCGUCUCCAACAUCUGAAUUGGAGGCUUUAGCAUUCUCAUCAGCUCCAGCCAAUACGCAACCAGUGGUGGAGGCUGCUCCAGCCGAAGAAAUUGAUUUGUUGGGGCUUCCAAAGCCCAGGACCCGCACAAAUAAUGAUAUUUUAAAGUUAUUCGAAAAGAAAGAAGAGCAGAACAAAGAUUUGCUGGCGGGCGAUGUCUUUGAAAAUACGUUUCUCGUGGAUCUGGACCAGCAAGCUCCACCCUGCCCGAUAGCUCCGGAAACAUCUUUCGUCUUAGCCCCAUCUACGCUUCAGUCGUCUCUCUUCGAACAGGAAGCAUUGGUAGUAGCUCAACCGACUGUCGAAGUGGCCCAAACUGUCGAAGAAGAAUCGUUGACUAUGAACUAUCAACAGCCACAGGAAACUCCGACGCUAGUGUAUCCAGAGAUAAAAAGCCCUUUGCAAUCAGAGCCGAUUGCUAUUCCCAGUCGGGGCGAUAACGAUCAACCUGAGGAGUUUGACGCUUUUUCUUCUCGUUUUGAAAGCGUUGGAAGAGAGGACAUGUUGAUGGUUGAAAAUGAUCCGUUCGACCCGUUUUCAGCUGGAGGCAGCGCCAAGGGUAGUUCCGUAUGGGGAACUGCCACUGGAACACCCGAAUCAAGCAGCUUAUUAGGCUUUGGAGCGAGCGAAGGUUUCGAUCCGUUUUUGGCUCUAACCGAGCCUCCACCACCUCCGCAUGGAAGCCCACGUUUCCCGUCAUCUCAUCGUCAACUCUCACACGAUUCCGACGAAGAACAACCGGAAUUUGCUCUCUCGAUCAAGCCUCGUAGCGAGGGAUUUUCGGACGGUAAAAUAGGAUUAGCACUUGCCCCUGCUUUGGCACCGCCACCCAGAAUUCCGAUUCACACAACCAGCAGUGACGAGUAUUCUCCUCCCAAAAGCCUGAAUCCAUUUUUGGUUCCGGAACAGGUGUCUGUGGUAGCACACGAACCGUAUAUUCCUCCAGAGAGGAAGUCGACGGUAGUACGCAGGGAUUCAGAGGACUCGCCUAUGACACCUCUCUUCGACGAAGAUCAGUCGGUUCCUUUAGAAGUAUUCCCGCGCGUGGAAUACACCGGUCAAAUUUGGGAGAUGCAGUUGCGGCAACCCAACAAAAAGAAGAUUACUAGCCAGAGAUUCUGGAAGAAAGUGUUUGUCAAAUUGGGAGUCCACAACGAUCUCCCUGUGAUACAGCUCUAUAGCAAUAAAGACGACAAAGAGCCAUUCCAGGAACUGCAGCUCCAGCCCUGUUAUUCCGUCUCUGACAUUAGUGCUCAGCAAUUUGACCAUUAUGGUAAAAUCUUCACUGUCAAGGUUCAGUACGUGUUUUACAAAGAACGACCAGGUAUUCGGCCUGGCCAAGUGACCAAAGCCGAGCGCCUUACCAGCCGUCUACAACAGUUUGCCGCUUACGCCAUCCAGGGUGAUUACAAUGGCGUCAAGGAAUUCGGAAGUGAUUUGCGAAAAUUGGGCAUCCCCGUCGAACACGCUCCUCACAUAUCGGAACUUUUGAAACUUGGAACAACCAGCUACGAGGAAUUGAAAGAGUUCAGUUCGGCCAUCGAAGAAUCUCUCUUCAAACUGACAGUGCCUAGGGAGAAAUCCCAGAUAGGCUACAAGACGGACGAAGUUCAGAUGACGGCAGUCGACGAAUUUUACGUCGAACAGGACAAGAUGGGCAGGGUGCUGCGACAGAUAGCUCGUGUUCGCGUCUUUGUUCUGUCUUUCCUUUCAGGAUUGCCUGACGUGGAGUUGGGUGUCAAUGACCUGCCCAGACAGGGAAAAGAAGUUGUCGGUCGUCACGACAUCAUUCCAGUUAUUACCGAGGAAUGGAUUCGUCUAGAAGAUGUCGAAUUUCAUAGUUGCGUCGAUCAAACUGAAUUUGAAAACACUCGAACAGUCAAAUUUCGACCUCCUGAUGCGUGCUACAUUGAAUUGCUGCGUUUCCGCGUCCGGCCACCAAAGAAUCGUGAGCUUCCGCUCCAAGUUCGCACCUCCUUCAGCGUCUCCGGCAACAAAGUAGAGUUGCGCUCUGACGUUUUGGUUCCAGGCUACAUCAGCCGCAAGUACGGGCAAAUUCCAUGCGAAGACGUUGCCAUUCGUUUCCCGAUCCCCGAAUCUUGGAUCUACAUGUUCCGGGUGGAGAAACACUUCCGUUACGGUUCGGUCAAGUCUUCUCAUCGUCGCAUGGGCAAGAUUAAAGGUAUUGAACGUUUCCUGGGCGCUGUGGACACUUUGGAACCCACUCUCAUCGAGGUUUCAUCUGGCUCGGCCAAAUAUGAACACCAUCACCGGGCCAUAGUAUGGCGGAUGCCUCGCCUUCCCAAAGAAGGGCAAGGGUCCUACACUACGCACAGUUUCGUUUGUCGCCUCAAUUUAACAUCGUACGACCAAAUGCCCGAAACUUUGGCGCGGCACUGCUUCGUCGAGUUCACCAUGCCAGCCACGAACGUUUCGCACACGACCCUUCGUUCUUUGGCUGUCAGCACGGGCGAUCCACCCGAGAAAUACGUCCGUUACUUGGCCAGGCAUGAGUAUAUUGUCGAGAUUGACCACACUAGCGGGCCCGGGCCAGCGGCUUAUGUGGCGGCGACAGCGGUCGAAACUACUGGUCAACAGUUGACACCAGCUGCCGAACAACCCGAGGAAUCUGACAGCGAUUCGGAUUAAGUUGUUCGCUUGUUCUUAAAACCGUUUCUUCGAUGUCAAGAUAGCUUUUUCGUCGUCGUUAUUUUAGUCUCAAGUACUCUUAAAAUCAUGUUAUCCUGUAGCUUGCUACUUCCACCUUGAUGGACUUUUCUUCAGACAAGACUGUCUUCAGUCUAAGUUUCAACUAAAUCGUGUUCUGAGUGUUCUCGUUUCAUUGGACCAACCAGGCCCUUAUAUGUUUCGGACCGUUAUGAAUCUCCUUCUCUUCAUUGCCACAAUGAAUUAAAAGGCAAAAUUUUCUACAGCUAGAAUUUAAACGGAUUUGUGUCACAAAGGCCGUUUUUUUUUAAGGAUAAUUCUGUGCACCAACUCACACAGGAUAAAUAAGUUGUUUUGUGUGUCUUCGAAAGUGGCUGUCGUCAAAUCUCAUAAUUUCGUUUUAAUUUUAAAUAAGUUUAAUCCAUAUGUUCACAUGUAUUGGUACGGUACACGAAACGAUUUUCCCUCCCCCUUUAUCGUCAAUAUAUAGGGCAUGAUAUGGUUACGAAUGACGUGUGAUCUCAAAAUUCCCCCCAAAUAAUUUGUGCUUAUUUAUCAUGAUCAACAUGUCGUGUGCUGUCCCCAGCAUUCCUUAGUUUGAUAUUACAGGGCUUUGUAGCAAGAGAACGGUAUUCAGUGAACAGAGAAAUUCAUUUCUCUUUCUUGCGGUUCUUACGGUACGUUGAACAUCGUAUGUGUACCUCUUCUAGAUUCAGCAUAUCAUGUGUGUAAUGAUUUUAAGUUUCUCCGUUUUCAAAUGUUGUCAUUCCCCACGUGAUUAAUUUAACUAUUUAUAAAAAUUGCAUAGCUUAUUUUAAUCGAUGUUACGAUUCUUGUCUUUUUUUAAAUCUCAUUUUAGCGCCCUGUUCUGUCGUCCGACAAGGGCACAUAUAUACAGCUGCAGCCAAAGAAAGUAAAAUCAUUUUGCCUAAGUUAACUUUUUGUUUUUCCGAAAUGUAUCCCUUCAUGUUUUCUUGUUUUACUCGCUUGCCGACUGAAUAUUAUUUAAGAAAAUACUUGCCGUAAAGCCCACCAUGGUGAGCUUGAGGGACCCCGUGCGCCAGUGCCAUCAUUAACCCAAUUUCAUAAUGUUCUUAAGUAUUUCUGUGACUUUAAUAAGUCGAAGUUGUAACGCGUUGAUAUGCCCGAUUAUUUCUGUAUAAAGCAUUCUGUGUCUAUAACUUUUCCCCCGCUCUGAUCUCUCGUUAUAUGUUGUAAAACGUAGUUAUUAAGACGUGCCAGGGUUAACUUUCUGUGUCUUCUGGUUCGGUUUUGUCUCAUAAUAAGACAUCCGACUAGAGGAUAGAUGAAAAUCUAACCCUUUGAGCCGGGUGAGUGCAAUCUAGUCAUGGUCUCAUUCUUACCGAGUCACUUGUUAAAUGUUUUAAUCACGCAAGUGUAUCAUUGGUAAAUUCGUGUUUCGCAAAAAAAGGAGGUUUCAGCAGUAUUGGAAUAACAAUUAUGUCAUUGAUAUUAAGUAUGUUUAUUUGAUGGCAAAAAGCGCACUCGUCAUUAGAUAGGUUCAACUGUACCAACUUACAUUUAAAUGUGACGACUGAUUUUGAUUUUACGUAUGGCGUCUAAUGUUGCGUGUGUCUUAACUGGAUGCAUUGAAGAGUCUGAUUAAUUGAUUUGGUUACUUCAUACGAGAAGUUUCUUCUCUUCUUCAAUAUUAACCUAUUUAUGCUGUACAUCCUUCUAUUUCUCCCCCCCCCCCACACACCUUACAUGUGACAUUUUAUCAGCUAUGACUAGUACGCGAUCUGAUUGUACAUGCUUCCGCAGUCAAUAUUGCUUUGAAAUCUCUUCGUUAUAGCAGCACGUGUGUAAAAACAAAAAAGUCUGUUUUCAAAUAAAGGAAAGGGAUUGAAAAGAAA